AUGGAUAAUUCUAUGACCGGCCGAAAGGUUUUCAAAGUCUUCAACCAAGACUUCAUUGUCGAUGAACGUUACGUUGUCAACAAGGAACUCGGACAGGGAGCUUAUGGUAUCGUCUGUGCUGCCAAUAAUACAGCCACCGGCGAAGGUGUUGCAGUCAAAAAAGUCACCAAUGUGUUUUCCAAGAAGAUUCUGGCGAAGAGAGCCUUGAGAGAAAUCAAGUUGUUGCAGCAUUUCCGAGGGCACCGCAACAUCACUUGUCUAUAUGAUAUGGACAUUCCUAAACCAGAAAACUUCAAUGAAGUUUACCUUUAUGAAGAGCUCAUGGAGUGCGAUCUGGCCGCCAUCAUUCGAAGUGGUCAGCCAUUGACGGACGCGCAUUUUCAAUCCUUUAUAUACCAGAUUCUUUGCGGCUUGAAAUACAUCCACUCGGCAAACGUUCUCCACAGAGACUUGAAGCCCGGAAAUUUAUUGGUAAAUGCCGACUGCGAACUCAAGAUUUGUGAUUUCGGCCUCGCCAGAGGAUUCGCUAUCGAUCCCGAGGAGAACGCUGGGUACAUGACGGAGUAUGUUGCUACUAGAUGGUACAGAGCCCCGGAGAUCAUGUUGAGCUUCCAAAGCUACACAAAAGCCAUCGACGUAUGGUCUGUUGGUUGUAUUCUAGCAGAACUCCUCGGAGGCCGACCUUUUUUCAAGGGUAGGGAUUACGUGGAUCAACUCAACCAGAUUCUUCACUACCUAGGUACACCCAACGAAGAAACGCUUUCGCGGAUUGGCUCGCCCCGUGCACAAGAAUAUGUGCGCAACCUCCCAUUCAUGCCUAAGGUGCUAUUCCAGCGGCUCUUCCCGAACGCCAACUUGGAUGCCCUCGACCUUCUCGAUCGUAUGCUUGCAUUCGACCCGACAUCCAGAAUAUCGGUCGAGGAAGCGUUGGAGCACCGUUAUCUCCACAUCUGGCACGAUGCUUCAGAUGAACCUAACUGCCCCACGCCGUUCGACUUUAGCUUCGAGGUAGAGGAGCAAAUUCCGGAGAUGCGACAGAUGAUCUUAGACGAGGUGGUUCGAUUUAGACAUAGCGUCAGGAGGCAGCCAGCCCCAGCGGCAACAUUAGAUCCAAACCAAGGCCGAAAAGACAGCAUUGGUAUACCAGAACAGCAAUGGGCGCAACAGGCCAGGAGCGAUGUACCACGACCGCACGAGGCGAACGUUAGAAACCAAGGGUUAGAGCAGGAUCUGGCCGGAGGGUUGGACGCAAUGCACCACUAG